GCAGCGCGUUAGGGCAAUGCCUACGAUUCACGCGAUGAUUUUCCUUCCAUCGACAUUCUUGAACCUCACCGCCAGCUUUGUAUAACCUUGGCUCAACACUUCGCUGCCUCUACCUGAACCUUCCUGCCCGGUCACCGAUAACACACGCCCUCUUUUGGCUACAGCAGCACCGAGGGGGCAUUUCCUCUCCCUCAGUCACUAUGGUGUCCUCAAUAUCCAGAUCGAUUCCCUCGUCCACGCCCCCGAGGUCCCCACCACCUCACUAUCAGACAUUCCUGACCCCUAUUCUCCAUCGACGAUUUGCUAGAGCAUGCCUAGUUGGUUUUGCCGCCUGUUAUGUUGAAUCUUUCGUGAUAAGUAACAAGUCGAGCUGUUAGCCUCCCUCGUUGUUAUCGCGUUGCUCUGCGAGAGACUGACGAUGGUAUUUGACCCUAGUUUUUUGGGCGAUUUUUCCAUUGGGAUGGACCGGAUUUAAGGCGGUCAUACUCUUCUUCCUAUCCGUAUUUCCCAUACUCAUCCUUCGGAUCUCGCAGCUUCACGGUAGCCCUCUCUCUAGCUUUCUCUUGGCUGGUUCGAUGAUUUUCGUACGGCAGCACUGACCCCUGGAAAUAGUGGGCGCAAGAUCGUAUACGACUGUCUUUCAUGCAAUGAAGACAUAUAUCGGAUCUUUCUCGACCUAUUCGACUCUCCUAACACACUCAUUUGCUUCUCUAGUGUUUGUUUUCCUCUAUUUGUGGUCUGGUUCGAGGGAGGAUCGCCUUGGCUUCAUCAUCGAGGGAAAGUAUGUAACCAGAGAAAUAGCGUAUUAUUGCCGUCAUUUACUAAUCUCCCCCUUAGGAGCUAUGAGCGCCCGCGGCUAAAUGAGCGAUUCCUAUAUAUGAUCUUUUUUGCCUGCUAUACUGGAUUUAUCCAAGCAGCGCUUCAUCUUUACGAGGAUCGGGGGAGACUCCAACUCCCGCAUCUCUAUGUAUGGCCAAGUGAGGUUGAGCCUACCUCUGUCUUGAAUGCUGAAUUAUCGCAGUUAUCCCCUAAGGCGGCCUUCAAGAAGAAAUUUCUUGAAGUCCCUUCUGGCGCCUUACACAUGGCGCUCGUAUCUGCUUGUACGGCCCCAUUUGCCUACAUGCCUUUUCGCGGAGUUGUAUGGCAUUAUACACUGGCCACUGCCAAAACCUUUUACUGGUAACACCACCGCUAGCCGGAGUAAGAGAGUUUUAUAUAUUGAUUUGGUGUUGUCUUCCAGGCUUAAUCGAUCUAGCACCCUUCCUUCAUUCCCUGUCGGCGCUGGCAUGUUUAUUAGAUCCCUGUGGCUUUCAUUUCUCAUUGGGGUCAUGUGGCAAAUUUCCAACAUAGCAUUCGAUGUUUAUUUCACCCAAAAGCCUCUCUCAGCGGAUGGUAAGACUGUCAGUGAGAAGUCUCCCGACCCUAAUGGGACUCUGGUUACUGGCUUAAAGGCUUCCCAAGCGCCAUUGACACAGGUUUGUUCUUGUGUGUCUAGUUUGGUGAAUGCUUGCUAAAGUUUUCUGUAGAUGUUGGCUUUCUGGGAAUUGGCUUACCUCUCACAAAAUUCGGCAGCGCGUAGAAAGGCGAUAUACACUGAUAUCAACCGCAAACCGGCCAACAUCUUUGAGCAAAUUUUGAACCAGGCUCUAUCCGUCCUCGGGGAAAUUGAUUUAAAGCUCGCGGAUGUUGGGAAGCCCCCAGCGCCUACAGCAGUGAUAUGUAAGUUUGCUUCGCCGGCCUUUUUCUAAAACGGACCCUAAUAUGGAUUAUUACAGCAAUAACGCCCAGUAGCACCGCAGCAUCAACCAUUCCCUCUCCCCCUCCGAUCCCUAUGAGUCCAAUCAGUCCCUUGUUAACAUCCCCAACUUCUCCUACACGUAAAUUUCUAGAGGGUGUCCAAUCGAAAGACGGAUCAACGCCCACCCUCCAACAUGUGAUUCAGAAACUUCCUUAUCAGCCGCCAUCAAUCGCAGAGGUGGAGGCUAGUGCCACUAAAAGCUUUAAAUCGAAAAUGGAGCCGUUUCUCUCCUCUCCUUGGGGGAGCAUGUUUAGACAGAGCAUACAUGCUACCACCUCACAACUUCUUCCAAAUGUGGGAUUGCAAAUUAAUGCUGUACAAGGUAUUUGCCUUUGUCCUUCUUGCCCGCCUCUAAGAGCACUCAAAGCUAACGCAUAUCUAGCGAUUUCUCGCCUGGUAACCUCAUCUCUCAUGGAAGAUGAAUUCGGUAUUGUUCAGAGACAUGCCUCCACACUCCUCGCUUCCUUCAUUUCAACGAUGGGUACGCUCGAGAAGUAUCUUGCUUCUCCACCAAUUAGUUGGACAGACGUAGAAGCUAUACAAAAACAAGAGAAGGGCGAACUAAAUUUAGUAGAACCGCACUUGCUACUCUCAGCCCUUAAAGAAGGUUUUAAGGAUAUGGCGACAGCAUACGCGCCGCAUAUUGAGAAAAUGCAGCUCUCGCCUCAAACCAAGAAGAUCAUUUUAGAAGCUCGAGAAAGAAGCUUGCCUUAAUGGGGUAUGAAUAAGGUGUUACUGGGGAGUGAUGAUACAUAUAAUUGCUUUUUGUUUUCCGUUCGACUGUUGUCUCUUUGAUUUUACUGCGAAAUCCGGCACAUGCAAGGGAGUUAUGUUUAUAGCAAGAUGCUUGGUCGAAGUCUGUAACUGUACUUGUGCAAGCUGCUGCGGUUCGAAAAAUUAUGUGAUUUUACCUUCUGAGUUUGAUCGUCACUCUCAUAAUGGCGAUAUCCAGUGCAUUCUGUUUUUUG